AUGCAAACAAUUGGAGGAUACCCAUGGCUAUCCGGCUGCGUGGUGUUACUAUCCUAUAGUGCUGGCACGCGCAACGGAGGGGUCGUGGGCUUCACGGUACGUUCCUCACGAGUACACGCCUAUACCAACCAUGCACCGUACUGGGCAGCGAUAGAGAUGGGGCAGGAGACAAAGGCAACGGACGGUGAUCAGGAUGAUGUCACCGCAGGGUUCAGAGUGUGGCACCCCAAGGCCAUGACGGAGUUCACUGUGUUGAGGCUUGCUUCUGACCACCCGCAGUUCGAAGUUCUCGCGAACCAGUUCCGGGAAUGCUGGAAGAAAGGCGCAGCACCCGACGUUGCGAGGAUCUACGAGAUCCAGGUAACAGCAUUGGAAUUCGCGUUCUUGCUGGGGGUGCGAGUCCUUGCCAAAUGGCGUCUGUUCAUACACGAACCGUUGGUUUUCCGCCGUGGUCUUACGCGCGAAGAGUUUCGUCAAUGGCUCUCCCUGUGGAAGUUAUAAAUCACACCACCUCUCUGUUUCGGCCAGAGAGGCGCACUACCGGUGAUGCGCAGAAUUCCAUGGCAGGGAGAAGUCCGGUACUUGUAUGGUAUUGAUCACUGGUCACAAUCUAUGUGGAUUGUGAUGUAAACACACGCUAACCAAUUCGCUCACCCGACACCGAACGAACCAGUUAAACGAUGAUCUUGCAAGGAAGAUUGAGGCCUACCACGCCUCCAAGGGAAAUGUCUGCGUCGCGUACCACGGCACGCGCUGUCACUCAACAUGUGAUUUUUUCGUCAAGGAACAGGUGCGGUCACUCUUUCUGCCGUCGGGGUACCAUGUGAUAUUGGCGAGUUACAAGUUUGGAUGUUGACUUGUUUCGAAUUCAAGAUACUGGUAGACGCUUGAUCCUUGCAGUGGCAUCAACGGGUCUUUGAAAUCUCUGUUUCUGAAUACAUGCAUCCUUUCAAAGGUCGAUCUCUUUUAGCGCUUGCCUUCCUUGCCAUCUAUGUGCCUUGCUCGCCGGUGUUCAGCACCUUCCCUUGUGCACUAUUUUGUAGCUUGAACCGCCCCCGUCACUGGCUGAUACAGUACCGAUCCCCUCACAGAAACCUACAAUUCGUUUCGAGGCUCAGUUUCUCAUGUUUGGAACUGUGGAUCCUACACAAAUUUCAGCAUUGUCUCCCAUUCUUGUGAGAGGGGCGACGGUGUGAACGCCAAGAACAUUCCCUGCACCGCCGCAGGUAGGGCCGUGCGGCCGUCGGACGUGCAGCCUCUGCAAUAUUUGCAGGAAAGGCUUCACAGUGGACAACGUUGGGAGAACCGCGCGCUCCUCCAGUUUUCAGUUGAGAUAUGGCAACGGACGAUAUUUCUCGAGGGCUUCGGGCAAGGCGCACGACUACUCCAAAACCGUGGUGUGUGCUUUUGUGUGCGUGUGCUUGUGUGUGUGUACAGAGCUGCUAGGAGUGGAGCUUAGGUGCGCGGUCGAGCGAGUUGAGUGUCAGAUGGCUUGGUUCCUAAUGCUCGAAAAUGGUCCGCUUCGUUUGUACAUGAAAGCGGUCGAGCGAGUUGAGUGUCAGAUGGCUUGGUUCCUAAUGCUCGAAAAUGGUCCGCUUCGUUUGUACAUGAAGUAUCAGGUACACGGGAGAAAUAUCACUACAGGUUUGAAGCAGCCACCGUUUAGUUUUCGAGAGGACUCAUCCCGCGACUCGGGCACAUUUUCUACUCUAUCGUAGGUUCGAUCGCGAUCAAAUGUCGCCCAACACUUGUUCUGCUCACCACUUGGACCAAUUUUCUCCCCUAACGUCACCGCCAGUGGACCUACACAACUUGAGUUUUUCGCAAAAAGAGACCUGCAGCUUCCACUUGAGUUUUCUGCCGACACCUGACCG